AUGGCCCGGAGGCGACUGGCCUCCUUUCUGCUUUCUGCCUCGGUGGCGCCGUUUGCCCUGUGCCUGUCGGGCCAGAACUCGACAUACACAAACCCUAUCCUACCCGGCUUCCACCCCGACCCCAGCUGCAUUCUUGUGGAACAGUGGGAUAAGACCUUCUUCUGCGCAAGUUCGAGCUUUUUGGCCUUUCCUGGUAUCCCCAUCCAUGCCAGCAAAGACCUCCGACACUGGACGUUGAUUGGCAAUGUCCUCAACCGUCCCGACCAACUCCCUGGACUGGCCAAUACAAGCAGACAAACGAGUGGAAUCUGGGCCCCAACCAUCAGAUAUCACAGCAACACUUUCUAUAUCGUGACCACCCUGGUUCACGACGAUCGAGAUGCCUUCGAUCCGGCACGCUGGGACAACGUCAUAUUUUCCUCCAAAGAUCCUUACGAUGACGCGGCGUGGUCUGAUGCUGUCCACUUUGCAUUCGAAGGCUACGACACUAGUCCAUUCUGGGAUGAUGAUGGCCAAGUCUACAUGACUGGCUCACAUGCGUACAAGGUGAGGCCUGGGAUCGACCAAAUGGCCAUCAAUCUUCACACUGGGGAAACGGGGGAGCCUGUCAACAUCUGGAAUGGGACCGGAGGAUUAGCGCCCGAAGGCCCGCAUGUGUACAAGAAGGACGGACUAUACUACCUAAUGAUUGCCGAGGGUGGGACCGGCCUGAACCACAUGGAAACAAUCGCACGAUCCCAAUCCGCAAACGGGCCCUACGAAACGUAUCAGGCAAAUCCUAUCUUAUCUAAUGCGAACACGACCGAAUAUUUCCAGACUGUUGGCCACGUUGAUCUGUUCCAAGAUACGGCUGGACGCUGGUGGGGUGUCGCACUUGCCACACGUUCGGGGCCUGGUUUUCUGACGUACCCAAUGGGUCGUGAGACUGUACUUUUCCCGGUGACCUGGAACAAGGGGGAAUGGCCUGCUCUGUCACAGGCCAGAGGCCAGAUUAUUGGCUGGCCGUUUCCAUCAGCGAACGGCGCCAUUGCGGAAGCAGGCCCCCUUAUCUCGUCCCCCGACGUUGUCGAUUUUGCACCAGGGACGGCCCUUCCUCCGCACUUCUUGCAUUGGAGAUUUCCUCGUGCAGACGCAUAUACCAUUUCGCCAUCCGAGCAUGAACACACGCUGAGAUUGAAAGCGUCGAGGCUGAAUCUGACAGCAUAUGAUGGGCAAAAUGCGACUGAGGGCCAGACUUUGCUGGCCAGACGCCAGGUAGACACGCUAUUCACUUUUAGCGUAGACAUGACUUUUUCUCCGCGGCAGGAGGAAGAGGAAGCGGGAGUGACGGUUUUCCUCACACAGAAUCAUCACAUGGAUCUUGGCAUUGUAUUAUUGCCCUCCCAAAAUGACUCGGUUGCAUCCUCGCCAGCACUGCGGCCACACUUCCGUUUCCGCGCGACGAGCUAUGUUGCCGUUCCGGAUCCGGUGGUAGUGCCCGUGCCUGAGGGCUGGAUGGAUCAGACACUCAGGUUAGAGAUCAAGGCCGCCAACUUGACACACUACUCCUUUUCCGCCGCGCCCACUGCACAUCAGUCGCAGAUGAUGACGGUUGGGUACGGCGCUGGCAGCGUGGUGAGUUGGGGUUUCACAGUUGGCGUCUACGCUACUACCAACGGCGGUAAUGGUUCGACGGAUGCGUAUGUGAGCCGAUGGAGGUAUCAGGGACAAGGGCAAAUCAUCGAUUGA